GAAACAGGCACAGGAACGCACAGACAUGAUGGCCCCAAAUCCAAUCAUGAUCCGCCGGAAACCAGUCCGGCAGUCGAUAUACGAAGAACCGACGAGACGCCACGCGCCAGCUCCCGGACGGGGCUACCCUGUUCCUGUGAGUGUGCUGUCGAGUGCCUUCGUGCUACUGCUGCUUGCCACCGUCUCGUGGUCGCGAAGAUGGACAGUCUCAGGCGCCGCAGUCGAGAGUGUCCUGCUGGUCUGCGGCUCUGGCCAGCAGAAGAGAAUCCUCUCCGCCAUCCCCUUGUGGACAUUGCUGGCCACGCUGAAUCUGGUCUAUGCCAUCUGCUCGACCUCAUGGCUGCUAUACGGCUUGUUCACGAUAGCAAUAUACCCAUUCAUCCUGCUCACAUGCCUCAAUCAAUUCCCGCGAGCUGCGAACAUGGCCAGAGCAGGCCUGCGAAAGGUGCUAGGAAGCCAGCCGCACUUUGUUAAGGACAAGUUGGGCAUGUUUGACUUACCUGCCCUGGAGAUUGACACCACAGUCGAUGGCCUGUUCGUGAUCCGAGGCGUCACCAUGUCCUUCUCGACCCUGACUCUGGUGGCCCAUGGCAUGGAGCUAGGCCUCAAGCUGGCCGAUGACAUCGAGCUGGCCAUAUAUGUCGAUGAGGUGACAGUCAGCUUCUUUAGGCGCAUCGAGAUCGGCGACGUCUACGCCAAUGCUAAAGGCGGCAAAUUCGAGAUGACAUUCGGCGACUUGGAGGAAGACAGUGACGAUGCCGCCAGCGAGUUCAGUGUCCUGCUUGACGACACACCGCUGCUCAAAGCAGCCGCGGCAAAAUCCAAAGGACUCCUCGACAGGCCCAAGCUGAGAGAAACAUUGACUGGCGUCAGCUUCAUGCGGGAUUCGUCACUGCAGCAAGUGGCAGACCACAUUCAGACGAUGGAUCCGGAGAAUGAGGCUGCGAACCAACAAUAUCAGGACAAGCUAACCGAGAUCCGGACUUCCAGCGCAGUAUACCAGUCGAGACAGCGAGCACGCCAGAAAGCUAAGAGCAGCGGCCGCAAAAUGGACGACGAGAAAGACAUGCGUGCUGCUGUAUGUGCGGAACUUCAAGAACUGCCAGCUGUGCCACACCCCCCAAGAAGAUCUAUUCGUGUGACUACUCUCCAGAACUCCUCGCCAGAAUAUGUGCGCCGAUUCCUGCAUCGCCUCCCGUUUCUCCUGAGAGCCUUGUUGGCCCCCCUGAGUUACUUUCACACCGUGAGUGUAUCCAGCGUCAACGCGGCUGGUUCCGGAAAGUGGCUGUCUACGCUGUUACAGCAACAGAUCUUCAAAGAGUAUACGGAGAACAACGCUUCGCUUCGCCGACUACAGCGCAAGGUGUCGACGUGGCUUGCCGAUGCAAAUUUCUGUGUGCAGCUGACCGACAUCGAUGGCAUGGGCUCAGUGCCAUGGAGCACAGCCUACAAUAUCGUCACGUACCUCAAAUUCGACGACGUCGUGGCAUUUCGCACCAUGCCAGAGUCUGGCGUGUCGUCGCAGGUGUUACGUCUGGGUGGCGCUGAUGCUACAUUUUCCAUUCCAUCAUACCUGCUCCCUCAUCAUGAGCAUAUUGUGCCGCCGAAGCCAACGCACGAGGCCGAGCACGAACUUGAGGAAGAGAUGCACGAGGCUGAUGGCACGCCAAAGACGGUACAGGCCGCACACGAUCUCAAGCGGCUCCAAAAAGAUGAAACCAACAUAGAGCUGUCUGUCCACGGCAGUUUGCCGGUCGCAUGUGAUCAGAGCUUGCUCAACUUCAUCGCGUCAUUGGUCAAAGCCACGAAAAUGAUCGAGCUCGAAAAGACGGUGGCGGAAGUACAGGCACAACCAGUCGACAGUCCCAUGUCACCACUCUCGCCAACAUUCGACAACAACGACGAUAGCGAGUCGGUUUCAUCCUUGCCGAGUAAAGCCAAUUCCGAUAACAGGUCGGAAACCAAUGUCAGCAUCAAGGAAGUCGCUGGGUUCAAAGUUUUCGCUAAGCACAUCCGACAGAAUUUGAAAGACGGCACGACCAAAGCACAAAUCAAGGAUUUCGCCAAGGACCUCCACCAAAAUGCCAAAGAUGGCAUGAAGAAGGCCGCGGUGGGUGGCUUGGUCAAUGAUCGGUGGAUUGCAGUCUUGGUGGGAAAAGUGGCAGCGGGACUGCAGAAGGCGCAAGGAGAUGUGGGCUACAGUGGUAGCAUUCCCAUCCCGCUGGCACCAUAUCGCAAUACGGAGCAUGGGGAUUUGGCGAAGAUUUUACCUUGAAUCACAGACACAGUACCUUGGCAACUACAGUAGCUCUUGACAGACGUCC